AUGCUCACACGGACACUCCGGCCACUGGCCGCCCUCGUCCGGCCCGCGCAGGCCCGCCAAUCCCAGUCGGUGGCCGUACCUCACCUCCGGUCACUCGUCACGAGCAGCACAGCAGAGCCAGCUCAACCGGCUGAGACGAUAGCCACCACAUUACCAGCCGAGCCUGUCGCGAGCUCCUCAACUGCGCCGAGAGCCAAGGUCCCUUACUAUGUCGGCAAGAACAAGUUUGAGAACUUUGGUGUCUACCACAAGACGAAGCGCGGAGGAAACCUCAAGACGACCGAGAUCAAGAUGGUGGACGGCAACAUUGCGUCUCUGAAGGAGGAUCUCAAGGCUGCGCUCGAGCUCGGAAACGGGGAUAUUGCCUUUAACAACACCACGAGGCAUAUUGUCAUCAAGGGCCACAAGAAGCCGCAAGUCAUCAACUUUCUGAACAACAUGGGCUUCUGA